AUGCGAUCAUCACUCUCUCUUUUUCUCUGCAACACUCUUUUCAAGACUUCUCAAAAGCAAGGCUUGAUAUCUUUAUUAGCAAUCCCACGAGGCUUGAAAGCAUGUGCAAACAUUGUUCAUAGUGGUAGAGAGAAAAACAACACAAAGUUUUUGAUAAGAAAUUUCGCUUCGGAGCAAUGUCGAUCAUUUUCCUCUUCGAGAACAGAGUAUGAACAACAAAGAACAACAAAUCCUUUCGAACAAAAUCUUUUGGAAGGAAUUACUAGUUUCUUAAAAGAUACUCAAGAGUGCUUUGUUUCUGGAGAUGCCAUCCAAACACAAAAGAGAUAUGAACAAAUGUACAACACGUUAAACAAAUCUAACUUGAUGUCUUCACAAGAUACAAAAAACAUUAUAGAUGAUUUGAUAAAAACAUCAGUUGAACAUAUUACACAAAUUGAAAAAGUCUUUCAGAAAGAAAAGGAAAAUAUUAUUUUCCCACUCUAUAAAGUGUAUUGGAAAGCAGCAACUGCUCUACAAGCAAUCGGAGAGAUCGAAAAAGCUCUCAAGCUCAUAAGUAAUUCCUUAGAUAUUGUCCCAAAAGACAAUUCCGAAGAACUCCCUCAAAUCAAAAUCAUCAAGGCUAGUAUUCUCAACAGCAUGGGUCUUCAUGACCAAGCAUUUGAACUGCACACAAAAGCAAUUGCUGACAUUGGACCAAAAGUCACAUGGAAAAAUGGCAGCGAAGCAGCCAUUGCUUUUCAUGAAUUGGGAGAGUAUUAUUUAGGAGUUAAGGGUGAAACCGGAAAGGCUAUUCAAAGCUUCGAAAAAGCUCUUUCUAUUUGUGAAGGUUUUUAUGGAUGGACAACUCCUCAAACAACAAAAACAGCAAUAAUUCUCAGUAGAUUAUAUUUGGAAACAAACAAAGUUGAUUUUAGUAUUAUACUUGGUGAAAAGGCAUUAGUAGGAAUAGAAUUGUUCCUUGACAGCUAUGAGGCUCCAUUCAUCACAAUUACUGGAGCCUACUUAGCAAGAGCGUAUGAAAGAAAGGGCUUUUUACCAUUCCAACAGUCUACUAUUACAAAAGUUUACAACAUACUAAGAAGGAAAAAAGCAGAAACUGAUGCUCAAACUUACAUGGAGUGCGUUUUCAAGCUAGAAAAUAUGAUGGGUUCAUGCAGAUUCCUUCAGGGACAUUUGAAACUUGCUGAUCAAACCUUUUCCAAGUUGGAUCAACUUGCUGAAUCCGUUAUGCCUGAAUGGCUCAAGAAAGACCCUGAAGAAGCAAAAUUUGAAUUGGCGUACAUGAAAUAUUUCAAAGGAGUGUGCAAGAUUGGAUUGAAGGAGACAAGUGCUGGUGUUAAAGAGUUGGAACAAGCAAAGGCAAUCUUUUUGGGUAUUGAACGUGAAGAUUGGGCCAAUAACUGUGAUCAUUACAUAAACACUUCCAAGUGA